UAACUUGACACAUCGCUCGAGUGUGCACAACUGAAGUGAAAAGCGAUUAUCUUUCACGAGCCGCCUUGCACGCAUCUCGGUCAGUCGGUACCUAGCUUUCGUGGGGAAUACAUGUGAACGACCGCGCUCCGAACAAUACGAUAUUACCAAAUUUUCUAAAUUAAAAACACAAAUUAAUCAAUUAUAAUCGAAGUAUUACUGUGUUAAAUGUAUUAAAGAAAAUUGUGUACAGUGUUUUACUGACUCAGCGGACCGCACGUGAUCGCAGGUAACAGAAGUUCCGUCCAUUUUCAUAAUUCAAGGAAACAGGCUUGUCACAAAAUGUAACACAAAUUAUAUCCUCAAUCGAUUCAACAAAAAAUCAAAAAGUUUCCAAACCGAAAAUCCUCUUUCAGUUAAAAAUACAUCAAUAGUUUUCCUUUAAAUCAUUCAUUAACAACAAUAUGACUUGAUUUUAAUCAUGCAUACAGUGUUGCGUUGAAGUGUUGUUCAGUGAUAAGAUAAAUUGUUAGUAAGAAUCGUGUCAGUAUUACAAAUGGAAGCUUUGGAAAGGAGGGGAAAAAUGAUCGCAAUCAGUGCGAUGCUGUUCAUCGUGUUUGCGUCUCAGUGUGUCGAUGGCAAGAAUCAUACAAAGAUGUCGUAUGUGUGUCCCCCGCACUUCAUCCGACUCGGGCACAGCUGCUACUUCUUCAGUGAAAACAAAGCGACGUGGCAAACUGCACUCUUCUCUUGCAAGGACCGAGAUAGCAACUUGUCGGUACCAGCGCGAUGGGAAGACAGAAACUUACGAAACUACCUCAAUAAACCAGAUGUUGAAAAAGCUAGUCGCUGGAUCGGAGGUAUCUAUGACUACGGGUCGCGAGCGUGGAAGUGGGGAGGUGAGCUCCGUCAGAUGCACUACCAGUCCUUCUCCAAGAUGAAGAAGUUGUCCCCCGAGGAGCUGCAGUGGCACUGCAUAGCCAUGACUCCUGAGCUCCUGUAUAGGUGGGCACCGCGCAAUUGCUUCGAACCACGACAGUUCAUUUGCCAGACGAAAUUGAAAAAAGUUCCCAAAUCGAAACUGACAGAACUUCGUACACGGUACCAGAGGAUGGGGAAGAUCAACGAGAUAACCGCGCCAAGUACGAGCAGGGAGAUCGAUGAUCCUAGGACCAAUGACGUCACCAGUAACCCUAUUCUUAACCCCAAGUCCUACGACCUCCAUCCCAAUCCGCUUCGACGAGGAAACAAAAAACCGAUCCGCAACAACCCAAAAGCUUACGACCUACGACCAAAUGAACUGAGGAAGAGAUCUAGACCGAACGCGCAGAGAAGGCUUACGAGACCAUUCCCAGGUUACCAAUGGAACCGUCGCGAUCCCGAGGGCUCUUACAAGUACAACGCAGACAUCCUCAACUCCGGCCACACGGGUCUCAGUGCUCAGCAGGUGAAGGUACACCUCUCUCGCCUGAAGCACCUUCGCGACCGACAGAUCGCACGGCGCAGGCGCAUGCACGACAGAGACGAAUGGCUGGUCAACGACUCCCAACCGAUCAUAGCACGCGCACAUGCCAGAACGUAUACAAUCGACAACAACAUCAGCGCUCUUCAUCCUAAGACCAUUGUUGAGGAGUUCGAUAUGAUGCCGCCGCCCGCGCCCGUUGUCCUCCCGCGACCGACCCGCGGCAUUUGGUAAUGCUGUGUCUCAGAAUGAGAUUCAAUAAGUAUUCCCUAAGUUCCUCCCAAUCAGAACCUUCGCGCUUCGAAAUUCUAAAUCUCUUUUAGUACUUCCGCAAGCUCUUUUUAUGGUUUAUUUACGUUGUAUUUUUUUAAUUUUUUUAAAAGUUUACAACACUUUACGUUAUCUGUCUUUUCCUUUUAGUUACUUUGUUUCUGUUUGAGAAAAACUGCCAACUUAAUUCUAGUUUUCUUAUUGUUUUUUGUUUAUAAAUGGUCUUGUGAAUAAGG